GUUCCUCUGGGCAGUGCUGAGAAACCUGAAUUACAAAGAAGCAUAACUGUUCCUGUCUUAUUGAUCUACUAGCCCGUAAUUACAAAUCUGCUAUACGACUACCUACAACUUUCCAAAGUACUUAAUGUUAACAGUAACGUUACAUUCCCGUCACAAAGAAUUACAUCACUGCACCACUAACGACACGUAUCUGAGCUUUGCUGUAAGCAGUAUGGACUUUUUAGUUUCAGGUUUUGAUGGUGAAGUUGUUAUGGAAGUAUGUUUUCGCUUCCCUCCAGUCCGACGGCGUUAGCAUUUCUGGUGUGGGUGGAGGUAUGCCUCCAACGGAAAAUUAAAUAACAUGACAUUCAUGCCUAUGGGCAAUCCGUAUGUUUACCCCAACAAAGAUGGCGUCGGUUUCCAACGGCUACGAAAAAUGCUAAAGGUCCCCCGUUGCUGCAUGGGGUUCCGGCGAACCUAUUUCGUUUGGCCAAUCCUGCUGCUACUCCUGGUGGGUGCAGCCUUGACAGCUCUGCUGCCCCCUGCUGAGGACCAAGGAGGAGUUGGUGUCCUGGGAGUGCUACGCAGGGCAACAUCUCAAAAGGAGAACCCUGCACAGGGUCGCCAUGGUGACAGCACAGAGGAGGAGCAGAGGUUUACCAUCAUCAUCCAAACUUACAAUCGCACAGACAUUUUGCUCAAACUCCUAAACCAUUACCAGGCAGUGCCUCAUCUUGAGCGGAUUAUCAUAGUCUGGAACAACGUUGGGGAGCAGACACCCCUGAAGUUAUGGAACUCUUUGGGGCCUCAUCCGGUCCCUGUGGCCUUCAAGGAGCAGACUAGCAAUCGAAUGCGCAACAGACUACAACCAUUCCCUGAGAUUGGUACUGAGGCUGUGCUGAUGCUGGAUGAUGACACACUGGUCAGUGUUCCUGACAUCAGUUUUGCCUUCUCUGUCUGGAAGCAAUUUCCAGACCAGAUUGUUGGAUUCGUCCCACGGAAACAUGUCUCAACACCAGCAGGAGUGUACAGUUAUGGCAGCUUUGAACUGCAGGACCCAGAAACAGCUGGAGGGGACAAAUACUCCAUGGUGUUAAUUGGUGCUGCCUUCUUCCACCGCCGCUACCUGCAGCUCUUCCAGGACCAACCUCAAGCAGUGCAUGUGCUGGUGGAUGAAACACAGAAUUGUGACGAUAUUGCCAUGAACUUUGCUGUAGCGCUGUAUAUGAGGAAACGCUCAAUGUCUAUAGGCAGCAUUAACAAACCCUCUGGGGUUUUUGUCAAACCUGUGGACCUACGCAACCUGGAAAAGGAUGCCAGCAGUGGGUACCAGGGUAUGUGGCAUCGUCCUGAACACCUUCUUCAGAGAUCCUACUGUCUGAACAAGCUGACAGAGAUCUAUGGCUUCAUGCCACUCUGCUUCUCCAACCUGAUGGUCUCCCAGUUUGGCUUCCCCAGCUAUGCCAACCACAAGAGUAGAGGCUGAGGAACUGCCACAUCGCUGGCAGUUUUGGAUUGAAAGGAGACAGACUCAAGUAGCAGUCUGUUUCACCGUGGCAUCAGCAGGACUAUGAUGCACUUUCUUCCUUUGGACAACAGCAAGGAUUGUUGAAGAACUUUCUACACAUGGCUCAGUCUGAUGAAACGUCCAUAUUUGAUAAGGUAAUCUCUAUAUUGUUGCCAAAGCUGCCUUUCCUUCAGCAUGUACUUCUCUGUGGAUUAUAGUGCAGUUAUUUUGUAGCCAGCAGGUGUCAGUCUUUGUUCUGCUUUGACAGUGCCUUGUUUGUAACCAUGAUUUACAGCCCUGAUGCUGUCUCUUUCAAGUUUUGUUUUCACUACAUUUCUAAUUGUUUAUGGACUGUGUUACUUUUCUGGUGAGCUUGUGUACAGUCUCUACAAAAAUAAAUGUUAGAUAUACGUAUUCUUCCGUAAUUUUUUUGCCAAAAAAAGAAUCCCUACCAAAGUGUGAAUCAGAGAAUAAAAUAGAAUUAUUGCAAGUAUUAUGUACAUUUUAACAUAAUCUCUAUGUACAAUCAUGUGAUUCAGUUAAAUAAAGCCAACAUUUUUUCUCUGGACAUAAUUUGUGAAUGAAUUCAUACUUGUGUUAUCCGUUAAUGAGAGUAAAGUCUUGAAACAGGUGAACAGAGGUCAAGCUCCUGAGAUGUACUGAAUGAUCGAAGAAUCAAGUGAUGGUGCCAAAUCCAGGAGUGGGUGGUGUCCUUGUUCCAAAUUUUUUGCAAAAGCCUGCUUUAGUUUUCGGGGCUUCCAAGCAAAAUUACUGACAUAUUGAUGCAUUUUAUUUCUGACAAACAGCGUCGCUCUUUCACAGCUUUUAUUUUAAGCCUAUGUUCCUUUGGGUUGAGGUUACCCUACACAGAAGUAAGCAUCCCUUCAGGGUGAGUCUAUCCUGUCUCAAAUAUUGUCAAGCCAGAAUGGACCAUGGUCU